UACAUGUAUAUCUAUUAUUAUGGAUUCAUAAUCUGCUAUAAUGUGGCAGUCAUUUUGGACCAGGAACACAAAACUAGCUAACAUGAAAUGAACACAAAAGGAGGGUUAAUGCCGUGUUGUCGGGCUACAAUGGCAGUUAGUGUAACAUAUUCUGUAUUGUUUUAGGCAACAAUAUGGCUUCAGCUAAGUCACACAAAGGCAUGAGCGAUGCUAACUGGUUUGCGCGUCUGGAGAGUUUUGCCCGAACAGGAGUUUGGCCAUCUAGGGAGGGGAAUAGACCUUCUCCCCGACAAAAAAGAUGGCAUGAGUUGUAUCAGAAGAUAGAAAAGUGCCCUCUGCAAAUGAGGGGGCAGACCACCCUUCUGAAGGAAGCUCAGAUUUGUUUUUGUGGAUUUCACAAGGUUCAUCCACCAGUCACAGUGGAUGCAUCACAGAGCACACCUGCUCAAAGCACACCCUCCAUCAGUGAUGUGUCACGUUCUGCAAAGAUGGCCAAACUGACAUUGUCAAUGUUUGAAAAGUCAAGGUUUGGAGGCUCACAUGUGGCAGCAGCAAAACCCAAUUUGAGCACCCAGAGGAAAACCUCUCAGACAUUAGAGCACUCCAGUUCAGCAGCAGCUUCUAGCCCACCCUCUGAUCCUCGUCCUCCUCCAUCCCCCAAACCUCAUCGGCCUGUCAUCCAGUCCUCCUCUACCUUCUUCCUUCCUCCAGCUCAGAGAUCACAACGCAUAAAAGAAACAGCAACACCAUCGACUAUUUCUGAGUUUGCUGUUGUGAGCAGCCCAGUAAGAUGUCAUUCAAAAUAUGAACAUGCCUUUGUCAUUUAAUGCUGUCGUAGCUUAUACUUAAACUAGUGUUUUUGUAAAUAUCAGCAGGUCUCAUCUCAGCCAGAAGACCCUGCGGAUCUCCCACUACUGUGGCCACAGACAAUGCCAGAGCAGGACCAGAAGUGGGUGUCGGAAGCACUUUUUAGGGUUGGUGCAAAGGGAAAGCUGGAGCUGCGUGAAAACCUACAGUUGUGGUAUCACCCCCCACAACCAGCCCUGUUGUACCACCAAGCUCCAACACCUGCUAGAUUUUUUUCACAGCGGCUCUUGCUCUGGAUGCCAUAUAGGCUAUGGAAGGUGCGGCUCCAGUGUACUAACCCUGCCUGUGCCCGGCAACAGCUGUGUGGUGGUGGUCUGCACAGGAGGGUAUGACAGGUGUUAGAUAUCGACAGAUACUACAACCUGGUCACAGAGACCCUAAUCUGUACCAGGUGUAGAACCAGCUACCUGUCCUGGAGUCAUGCUGUGCUGCAGCAGUUGGACCUGGCCCAUCGAUCUGAAUUCAGGGUCAUCCUCACACGCAAGUAUGCCUGUGACAUUCGAGUUCUUCGCUUGUUGCGUGAGAGGGGCAUGGGGAAUGGCCCAGUGAGGAUCAUCGGCCAGCUGAGGGAGAACCACAGUGAGGAGUGGUUAAAACGUGUGGCUCGGUACACAUCAGAGUGUGUGGCCUUUUUGGAUAAUCCUGGCCUGGAUCCACUGCACUUCCAGGAACCACCACCGCUUGCUCCUGUACCCAGCUACAAAUGGCUCCUCACUGUAUACAGCCAGGACAUCCUCAACAGACUCGAUCACAUCAAGGCCAGCAUCACAUCCACGUACGGAUCAAUUAUAAAAAUGGAUUCAACUAAGAAGAUCACCAAGAAGUUGAGUGGGCCUGCGAAAGGCACAGCACAGUGGCUUACCUCAGUAGGCAAUGAGGUAGGUCAGGUGCUGAUGAGUGUCCUGACUGCAAAUGAAGGGGCUGGGUUAGACCUCAUGGCUGCAGGGCUCAUGGAGAGAUACCAGAGAGCUGGUGUUGAUCCUCCCACUAUCCUGUAUGUGGACUGUGACUGUUGCAAGGAAGUGGGAGAGACUAAACUGAAGAGGCGGUUCAGCGGCUGGCCUGAUGUCAUCGUCCGUCUAGACAUUUGGCAUUUUAUGCGACGUCUGGCAGUAGGAUGCACCACAGAUGCCCACCAGUUGUACCCUACUUUUAUGGCUAGGUUGUCGUCCUGUAUUUUUGAGUGGGACGCAGGGGAUCUCACUCUGCUGAGAAAGGCCAAGAGGGAGCAACUCACCCAACAGGGCUGGCCUGCAAUGACGGAGGCAGAGCUUGACCGUCAUAUAAGCAAAGAUGAGCUGGCCCAACACUGCAGGAGGAGAACACGAGGAGAGGAAACCACUAUCCGCCUCCUUGAUAUGCUCAUCAGAGAGCUCAUGGGUGGCCAGGGGAAUGAUGCCCUUGGUAUUCCUCUCCUUGACAGUGUGAGGAUGCAGCACAUCUGGCAUGUCCAGAGGCGGCACGUCACCUGUAUUCAGGACCCUCCAGAUGUGCUGCUCUACACAGAAACUGGAACCCUAAUCAAGGGCGGGAUGGUUCUAAAAACGUAUCGGUGUGCCAGAGGCUCCACAUCCCUUGAAUCAUUUCACUGCCACCUAAACAGAUUUAUUCCUGGGAACAGCGCAAACAGCCUGAACUUCCAGAUUUACCUCCUGGAAGGUUUGUUACGCUGGAAUCUGGACCGGGCUGCAGCUGCUGUUGCAGGUGGAGGUUCAACCCUGCGUACGUACACAGGGGAGCUAGUUUACUCUGUCAAUGAGAACUACAAUAAGUUGUAUGGCCGGAAAUUGGUCCCUAACUUCACUCCACCUGGAGUACACACAGGGGAGCUCAUUGGAGUGCAGUACUUGUUGAGGCAGAAUAGUCAGCCCCUAGAGGACAUGUGCCCUACCUCUGAUAGGAUCUCUCAGUUGCUGGAGGAGAUAGAUGUGGAGGAGCAAGUGGAAGAGGAUGAGGGUUUCAUUGAUUUGUUGGGAGAGGAAGCCACAGUGGCAAAUCUUGUGGCAUCAGAUGACCCAGUCCUUUCAGGUUCACCAGUUUUACCAGCUGCACCUCUGCCCUAUGUCCAGGCUCCACCAGUACCCAGUGUCCAGACUCCUUCAGCUGCACUACUGCCCAGCAUUCAGGUUCUGCCAACUGCACCUCUGCCCGGCGCCCAGGUUCCACCCGCUGCACCACUGCCCUGUGUCCCGGCACUGCCAGUACCCAGUGUCCAGACUCCUUCAGCUACACUACUGCCCAGCAUUCAGGUUCCACCAGCUGCACCGCUGCCCUGUGUCCAGGCUCCACCAGUGCCCAGUGUCCGGACUCCAUCAGCUAUACCACUGCCCUCAGCAAUGGCUGUUGACGAGCACUGUAUUCCUGGAAUGGACCGGGUGGAUGAGUUGGCGGAGUGUCUGGUGGAGCUGCGCACACAGGCGAGCCUCACACUUACCAACCAACAAGUUGCGACCAUUGUGGGUUUGUGGCAGAACCUGGACCAAUUUGAUAAAGACAGGGUGAUGUAUGCUGCUCGUCAUCAAGACAGGCUACUUACAGGACGUUUCAGGUCCCCUAAAAAGAAAGCAGUCUUCACUCCUGGUGUAGACAGCACAAAGAGAUGUGUUUUGGGUUCUAGCGGCUCUCCAGCACAGUGGCCUAAUUGCUGUCGCCUUGUUGAAAUGAUUUUUAUAAGGUUGUGUAACAUCCACCGAAGCCCCCAAAAACAGCGGAGAGAAAGUGUGGUCAAUUUGUGGUCAAUACACAAGAAACUGGCCAUAGCCAGUACAAAGAUCCUUUAG